AGGCGGAGCGGUCGCAGCGUGGGUGGAGAGGCGGCUUCAGAGGCUAAAGGUCUUUAUAGCGAGUGACGGCCAUAGCGGCAUCGCAGCAGCGGGACUUCGUGUUUUGUCAUCAGGAUGCCGGCUGUGUCGAAGGGAGAUGGGAUGCGAGGCCUGGCGGUCUUCAUCUCUGAUAUCAGGAACUGUAAAAGCAAAGAGGCAGAAAUAAAAAGAAUAAACAAAGAACUGGCAAACAUUCGGUCCAAGUUUAAAGGUGAUAAAGCCCUUGAUGGCUACAGUAAGAAAAAGUAUGUCUGCAAGCUGCUUUUCAUCUUCCUUCUGGGGCAUGAUAUUGAUUUUGGCCAUAUGGAGGCUGUGAAUCUACUCAGUUCAAACAAAUACACAGAGAAGCAAAUUGGCUAUUUGUUCAUCUCCGUACUUGUGAAUUCAAACAGUGAGCUGAUACGCCUGAUAAACAAUGCAAUCAAGAAUGACCUGGCCAGCCGCAACCCCACUUUCAUGGGACUCGCUCUGCACUGUAUUGCCAAUGUGGGCAGUAGAGAGAUGGCAGAAGCAUUUGCUGGAGAAAUUCCAAAAAUACUUGUAGCUGGAGAUACAAUGGAUAGCGUGAAGCAGAGUGCAGCUCUGUGCUUGCUACGAUUAUACAGAACUUCUCCUGACUUGGUUCCUAUGGGAGACUGGACAUCGAGAGUUGUGCAUCUUCUCAAUGACCAGCAUCUGGGUGUGGUUACUGCUGCUACAAGUUUGAUCACCACUCUGGCACAAAAGAACCCAGAUGAAUUUAAAACUUCUGUCUCUUUGGCUGUCUCUAGACUCAGUAGGAUUGUGACAUCUGCAUCAACUGAUCUCCAGGAUUAUACCUAUUACUUUGUCCCUGCUCCAUGGUUAUCUGUGAAACUCCUGAGACUCUUACAGUGUUAUCCACCACCAGAAGACCCAUCUGCACGAGGCCGUCUCACAGAGUGUCUGGAAACUAUUCUCAACAAAGCUCAAGAACCUCCAAAAUCCAAAAAAGUGCAGCAUUCAAAUGCAAAGAAUGCAGUGCUAUUUGAGGCAAUUAGUCUGAUUAUCCACCAUGAUAGUGAGCCAAACCUGCUUGUUCGUGCCUGUAAUCAGCUAGGCCAGUUCCUGCAGCACCGGGAAACUAAUCUUCGUUACCUAGCACUGGAAAGCAUGUGCACUCUUGCCAGCUCUGAGUUUUCACAUGAGGCUGUGAAAACGCACAUAGAAACAGUUAUCAAUGCACUGAAGACCGAGAGAGAUGUAAGUGUACGACAAAGAGCUGUGGAUCUCCUGUAUGCCAUGUGUGACCGAAGUAAUGCCCAGCAGAUUGUUGCUGAGAUGCUGAAUUAUUUGGAAACUGCUGAUUAUUCCAUUAGAGAAGAAAUUGUACUAAAGGUUGCAAUUUUAGCUGAGAAAUAUGCAGUGGACUACACCUGGUAUGUUGAUACAAUCCUGAAUCUUAUUCGAAUUGCUGGGGACUAUGUGAGUGAAGAAGUGUGGUACAGAGUCAUUCAGAUCGUUAUUAACAGAGAUGAUGUACAAGGAUAUGCAGCAAAGACUGUAUUUGAGGCUCUUCAAGCGCCUGCCUGCCAUGAGAACCUGGUAAAAGUAGGUGGUUACAUCUUGGGAGAAUUUGGAAAUCUGAUUGCUGGUGAUCCAAGAUCUAGUCCUCUGAUCCAGUUCAACCUGUUACACUCCAAGUUCCAUUUGUGUAGUGUUCCUACCCGUGCUUUGCUUCUGUCUACUUACAUCAAGUUUGUGAAUUUGUUUCCUGAAAUAAAAAUGACCAUUCAAGAUGUACUACGCAGUGAUAGUCAGCUGAAAAAUGCUGAUGUUGAGCUACAGCAGAGAGCGGUUGAGUACUUGAGGCUCAGUACAAUUGCAAGUACUGAUAUCCUGGCAACAGUGCUAGAAGAAAUGCCUCCAUUUCCAGAGAGGGAGUCCUCCAUUCUGGCAAAACUAAAGAAGAAAAAAGGCCCCAAUACAGUUACUGACCUAGAAGAGACAAAAAAGGAGAGAAACUCUGAUGUGAAUGGCGGGACUGACGCUACGCUUGUCAAUUCUAGUGCUGCGUCAACCCCAUCUCCUUCAGCUGACCUUUUAGGUCUUGGUGCAGCUCCAGCCACAAACUCUGUACCUCCUCCAACAUCCAGUGGUAGCUUGUUGGUGGAUGUAUUCUCAGAUUCUUCUGCAGUUCCCACAUCUCUUGCACCUAAUUCUGAAGAUAACUUUGCAAGUUCUGACCUGACUUCAUCUGAGCAGGUAGUUUCUGAGGAACCAGCUGAUGUUGUGCAUGAUGCUGAUGAACUUUUUCACAAGUUUGUUUGCAAAAAUAAUGGAGUCUUGUUUGAGAAUCAGUUGCUGCAGAUUGGUCUGAAAUCUGAAUUUCGACAGAACUUGGGUCGGAUGUUCAUAUUUUAUGGUAACAAGACUUCAACGCAGUUUUUAAAUUUUACUCCAACACUGGUCUGUUCAGAUGAACUUCAAUCAAGCCUGAAUCUGCAGACGAAGCCAGUCGAUCCCACUGUGGAGGGGGGUGCCCAAGUGCAGCAAGUUGUAAAUAUUGAAAGUAUAUCAGACUUCAUGGAAGCCCCAGUCCUAAAUAUUCAGUUCAGAUAUGGCGGAACACUGCAAAAUGUAUCUGUGAAACUGCCCAUCACAUUGAACAAAUUCUUCCAGCCUACGGAAAUGGCAUCUCAAGACUUCUUCCAGCGUUGGAAACAGUUGAGCAACCCCCAACAAGAAGUGCAGAACAUCUUUAAAGCAAAGCAUCCAAUGGAUACAGACAUCACCAAGGCAAAGAUCAUUGGUUUUGGCACAGCUUUACUUGAAGAGGUGGAUCCCAACCCUGCUAACUUUGUUGGAGCUGGUAUCAUACACACAAAAACCAUGCAGAUAGGAUGUUUGAUGAGACUCGAACCCAACCUGCAGGCACAGAUGUAUAGAUUAACACUACGAACGAGUAAAGAGACAGUAUCCCGAAGAUUAUGUGAAUUACUGUCAGAACAGUUCUAAAUAGUGUUGCAAGAUCAGUUUUGAUUCUCCAUUUCUGCCAUUGUCCUUGUCCUGAUCCAGAAAUGUCUCGUGCACCAGUGUCUGCAAAAACAAUUGCUGCCACAUUCACAUCCCUGCCUUAAAAGGACCUGUCCCUUUUUAUGUGAAAUAAGAUAUGUACAGUAUAAAAUUACUUUAAAUGUGAAAAAGGCUUUUAAACAUCUGCUAAAGGAUGACAGGGGGGAUCUUGUGUAUCUCACCUCUGUAUAUUUUUGCCGAAACUGGGGUUGCUUGAAAAUUCCAGAUUGCAAAAGGGAAAUGAAAUGCCACCAUAACUUCCUGGUAGUACUACACUGCAUUGGAACCAUUUUUCCAGCACACUUCUGUAUUGCUCUAAAAGAGAUGGGUGAAGGCAUUGCUCAAAUGGGGUGGCAGGGGUCAUGUUGUUGUGCUCGAAGAUUGUCAACUGUACAGGUCUUUUGUCUUGAGAAAAUGCACUAGAAGAGUCUUUCCAGGGUAUAGAAGGGCAGUGAAUGUCACCAGUAUCUUUUGGAAAAACAUUUAUCAAGGACUUGGGGCAUUUGACUUCUAAAAAGCAUGCAUAUGCUAACUCAACGUUUUAUAUUGUCACAUCAUUUCAAAUUGCACACACCGCCCCUAUUUUUUUUCAUGCUCAGAACUACCAAAGACUACUUGUCUAGAUAAAUGUUUAUCUAAGAAAAAAAGGUUGGGAUCUUGGGCACAAGAUGCUUUCUAAAGCUAUAGAGAGUUGGUACAAUUAAACAUUCCUUCCAUGUAAGCAUAGCUUCUCUAGUAUGAGUUUUCUGUUUCAUACUCACUGCUAAUAUGAAUAGCUGGUUCUGAUGGUGGAGUAAGUACUUAGUCAGCUGUGAAUGAAAUGUGGGACUCUGUAAGAAUGAGGGGCGUUCAUGGUUUCAAAACAACACUGUCACAUCACCAGUAUAUUUUCUAUCUCAACAUGUCACAUAGUUCAAAAAGCCAGUAAAGAUUGCUGUGGUAAAGGCUUUCACAAUAUUAUGCAUUGUUUCUUGCACAUAAGCAGAUUGUUGACUUCUUUUUGAAGUCUGAAGCACACGUUUUGCUUAUGUCCCUCAUGUCCAUGAGUAUAUCUUGUGCGUUAAGGCCUGUUAAGAAAUGGGUCUACAACAAGGUAACAGACAUCAAAUAGAUCUAUAUUGUGCAGAUCUGACGUAAAUGUCCUUGCUGCUUGAGUUAAGUUUUCAAAAGAAGCUCAUGGCCAAACUGGCUGGAAUGGCCUCAUCAAGACUACAUUACAUUUUGUAAAAGUCAGUCUCCCGUUAAAAUGGGUAUUGGCUUUUAUCUCUUUAGGUUUUUUAAUGGGUGUAAUUUCUACGCCCACAAAUAAACUGAAGCACAUUAUAUUGAGUUACUUGGUUUAUAACUGGGUAAAGUAGUAAAAAGUAGGAUAACUGCCACAUUCCUGUCACUUAAGAAACUCCAGGCGCUGUCCAUCGUGGUAUUUAGUACUCUUGUAAUCUGUACAGUAUUAACCAGUAUAAAAACAUAAUGUCUUCUGAAGUUUGACUUGUCACAUAUCAGAUAUUUGGACGAAUUGUUAUCUUGUUUAUAACACAAGUCUGUCACUCUGGAGCAUGGGUUUAUACCCUCGUUUUAAGACUGCCUUUGUGUCCUGUUCACAGGUUAAAAAAAAUUGUGGUGAAAUUUCCUUUAUCCCCAGAGAGACAGCAGGCUAAAGAGCAGAUGCCUUAGUAAUUGGUAAUUCAACCUUACACAGAAGGCUUUGCCUCUGAAAUAAGCCAUGUCGGCACUGUUCUGAAGAAGACUUAAUGGGAUAAAUUACCUUAUUACCAAAGUUGUGUAUCUGGCUAAAGCAGUAUUAGUAAUCAAGGUACAGUAUUUGUUGUGUUACAUGUGAAAUACCUGAACAGGAAGAAAAAAUUCUUCAUAUUUAGGCCUGCACUCCAGUGUGUAAUGUGUAGUCAUUUUCACUUUUAAAGGAAAAAAAAAUCAUGAGCUUAUAUGUUGAACUUUCAUUAUGACUGUAUAAAGUUUGAAAAUAUAUAAAUUUAAUCAUGUUACUUUAAUGGAAAAAUAAAUGUCUAUAGAGUGAAA